AUGAGUGAUAGUGAUUCAAUCUCCCUGUCGCUUGACGAAAAUGAUGCGUUUUAUAAGAAGAAAACUAUAGCCAAAAUUACAGCACCCAGUGACGUGUUGCAUGACGUCAUUAAUUCAGACGACGAGAAAGACAACACAAACGAUAUCUCAAAUAAACUUAUUACUGACAAAACAAUAGCAUCUCGAGAAGAUGAGUAUCACUCGAGAUGGCGAAAACGGAACGUUUCUCCUGUUAAAGAAAUAAAAAGUUAUAAAGAACGAAUAAACCAACAUUUUAAAGAGCUUGAAAAAGAUAAAGAAGAAAAAGAGCGUAAACGUCAACGCGACGACAGGGACAGUUCUUACCGAAAGGACAGAUCAGACCGAGAUCAUCACAGAAGCCGGAGUAGUAGUCGAGAACAUCGACGACACUCUCCCCAUCAUUAA